CUCAUAUAUACUCCUAUGAAUCCAAGAUGGCAGACCCGGGGACUGGUGGGUCUAAUACCUUUAGCACGCGAUCAGGUAGUAAACAUUCUACAACCCCAGCAGAUAAUUAUUAUCUGGCUCGAAGAAGGACUCUCCAGGUAGUAGUUAGUUCAUUGUUGACAGAGGCUGGAUUUGAGAGUGCUGAGAAAGCUGCUGUAGAAACCAUGACAGAGAUGCUUCAGAGCUAUAUUUGUGAAAUAGGGAGGAGUGCCAAGUCUUUUUGUGAACAUACCGCAAGGACACAGCCAACCCUUUCAGACAUUGUGGUCACCUUAGUUGAAAUGGGCUUUAAUGUGGAGAUGCUCCCUGCAUAUGCUAAACGUUCCCAGCGGAUGGUGAUCACUGCACCACCUGUAACAAAUCAGCCUGUCACCCCAAAAGCCCUGACAGCUGGACAGAACAAACCUCAUCCUUCUCACAUCCCUAGCCAUUUCCCAGAGUUUCCGGAUCCUCAUACUUACAUCAAAACACCAACUUAUCGGGAGCCUGUACUGGAUUAUCAGAUCUUGCGAGAAAAAGCUGCUUCACAGAGACGAGAUGUUGAAAGAGCUUUGACCCGCUUCAUGGCAAAAACUGGAGAGACACAGAGUCUUUUCAAAGAUGAUGUCAGCACUUUUCCUUUGAUAGCUGCCAGGCCUUUUGCAAUACCCUACCUGACAGCUCUGCUUCCUUCUGAAUUGGAGAUGCAGCAGAUGGAAGAGACUGAUUCGUCUGAACAAGAUGACCAGACAGACACAGAGAACCUCGCUCUCCAGAUGAGCAUGGACGAUUCAGGAGCUGAGAAGGAGAAUGCGUCAGUACUUCAGCACAAUACUUCUCUUUCUGGCAGUCGAAAUGGAGAGGAAAACUUGAUAGACAAUCCUUACCUCCGUCCAGUGAAGAAGCCCAAGAUUCGUAGGAAGAAAUGAAGUGAACAAAUUGAUGGAGCAAAGUAAGAAGGAACAGUUUCUCCUGAUCUCUGCACAGUUAAGAUAGGGCACUGGAAAGGCAGAACAGCCCUCCUGGUUAAGAGCCAAGUGGAAAUACUGGAUUCCCCAGUUCCUGUUUUCUUUAUCUCCAGCAAUUUUUGAUAAUUUAAGGUGAAAUCUGAAAGAAUGCCUUAGAAGCACUGAUGGCUACAUGGAUUGAAAUUUGUCUCUGCAUAAGAAUAGUAUGCUGCUAUCUUACAGUAGCUGCUGCAGCUCUUCAUCCUCAGGAGCAUCUUCUUUCCAAGAAUUGCAAAUGGAUCAGUUGGGUCACUGCAGAAGUUUGUCCUCUCAUUUUGCCAAGUCCAGAACUGGAAUUCCUUCUUGUUUUCUAGCUCUUUGGUUUCAGGUCAUCCCUCAUUGAUCUCUACUGUUGUGCCUUUAAAAACUGAGGCUGUUCAGAACUACUCGGCUGACUAUUUCUCAAGAUCUAGAAAUAUCUGAAAUGGAAGGUCUGGACUAAUCCUUUCUCUAGCAUGCACUAUUGGGAGAGGAAAGAAGCGACAGUAUUGUCCAGGUGUAGACACAAGGUUGCUAGCACAUCAAUACAGAGUUUAAGAAUAAUUUCUGCAAGUGCAUUUAUAGUUCAGCACAUUGACUGUAACUCUUCUGUCUGGCUUCAUACAGCCCAGAGUGUUUUGUUUUGAUUCUGAGUUUUUGUAAGUUUGUAUUUUCUGUAAUUUGUCAGAAUUAUUUUAUAUCCAUCUCUUAUUUCCAGUAUUUCUCUAUAAAGCAAGGUGCACAUACAAAACUGAAGUUUCAGGAAUCCCAUUUGCUAGCUCAUUUGUUAAAUCAGAAAUAUAUAUUUUUAAAAUGUCUUUCAGAAAAGGCCUUUUCUAUAGGGGACAAAAGAAGUAGAGCUACAGCAGAUAACGUUUUCCCUUCAUUCUAAAAGGGCAGCAGCUGCAUUUCAUGAAAAAGUGAUGAUUUUCCAGCAAUUGGUUCUUGCUGUCUGGAAAUUUUGGGGUUUCAGUUUUAGCCUUUACUUUUAAAAAAGUUUACAGAAACAGCUCUGUUACUGGCUUUCACUGGCUGAUAAACCUUGCAGCCAUUGGGAUUUUCUGCUAUUUCCCUGAUUGAAAUGUAAGAUGUAAACUUAAUUAAGGAAAAUAUUGUGACUUCUAUCAUUAUAUUGCAAUGUUCUUCAAAGCAUGCUUUACCUCUGAAGUGAAGGGACCAUUCCUUAUUCUGUUUUCUCUUAGUGCUCUGAUUUUUUAGCACUGUGGUUGGUAGUAAGGUGGGGGCAUUGAUUAAAAUCUAAGUAAAGAAAUGUAGAUUCUACUGUUUUUGUAUCUCAAAAAUAAAAUAAUCUUCCUUAUGCA